CAUGUGUCCUCUGGAGUGUGAUUAACACCCCGUCGCCAAAUCUCCCCCCCCUCGGGGCCAUUUGGGGCAUGCACGCGUCCGCGCUCCGCGUUUACACGGCGGCGCCUUUUUGUUGAUGGCGCUGGCAGACGAGCCGGGGGAGGUGGGCUCCGCCGCCGCGGGGUAUAAAAGCAGCCCAGGGCAGGGUGAGGAGUGGCGAGGCGGUGACAGGAGCUGUGUGGCGGAGCAUGGAGGUCGGCGGGGUGCGCUGCGGCUGCCCCCGGGGCUUCUCGUCCCUCUCUUCCCCUUCGUCCCCCCCGCGCUGCCGCCGCCGCCAUCACAGCGGCCCGGCCCUCACGGCCCUGCCCUCGCCCCGCAGCCCCGCGCCCUUCUGGAGGCCCUGGCUGCCCGGCCCCGCUGUGCCUCGCAGCCCCUGCGGGCUGGCGCAAGGCUCCCGCAAGCUGGCGCAGUACGCGCACCCCGUCAGACUAUUUUGGCCCAAAUCGAGGUGCUAUGAUUACUUAUAUCAGGAAGCUGAAGCACUUCUGAAAAACUUUCCAGUUCAAGCUACAAUUUCCUUUUAUGAAGACUCGGACAGUGAAGAUGAUGAAGAUGACCUGGAACAAGACUCAAGAACAGAAUCAGACUGCUGACUGCAAGAAAGGCCAACCAAGGAUACUUAUAAGAUUUAAUUUAAGCUUAAUAUAAAAAUGUAUUAUAGUAUUUUUAAAGAUAAUUUAUUUGUAUGUAAGUUAUUCUUAAUAAAAUUGGAAUGUUUUGUAACUUUAUCUGACCCUCUUUCCUUUGUCUUAGUCCCUUCCUGCUUCUAGGCUGGGAGGGUAUUGAUUAGUAUUUUUUUUGUUUGAGGUCCAGUAUUUUUUAGACUAUGAACUUGGACAUCAAUAUUAUGAGUGGAGAACUGUGGCUUCUUUUUAAGUGCUCUGGUCUUGUAGCUUCCUCAGAACUUGAGGAAACAAGGAAGGCUUUGCUCUGUGCCCCAUGUGGAAGCUUGUCAAGGAAUCGGAUUAAAUAUUCUAAUGCUGUGUUGUUAUGAAGGAUUUUCUAACAUGGAAAAGAAACAGUAUAGCUGCUUUUGAGAUGCAGAGGGGAUUCCAAAUCCUACUUGUUAUGGUUAUUCAGUUUAGUCUUUAUUUUUAUGAAGGGGUUUGUCUUAAGUCAUUCUUGUUCUCUCAUUUAA